UUCUGUUUCAUUUUCUUUUAUAGACACUAUGGCCAAGGGCUUUAUAGACACUCCUGUUGAGGAGAACUCUAUAACCCGCCCAUCAAGCUUAAACACAGGCGAAAUCCGCCAGGCCCCACAGGUGGCACAAAAUGGUGGUGAUGCAAACACAGGAGGAGCAGAAGAAGCACUAGAUGGAAGAAUAGAGGAAAACUUAGUGUCUGCCAUUUCAUCACCACCACCAUACAGUGCCAGUUUUUCUCCAGCCUCUGCUUCUUCAGGGUCUCCAGGCCCUGAGUAUCAGGCAGAUCACCAUUUCUCACUCCCGAUUCUACCUCCUUAUCAACAGAAUGCUAAUAGGUCUGUAGAGGAGCUCAAUGAACUAGCUUUACAGGACAGCGAAAACAAUAAUGUUGAUGAAAACUCAAACGACCAGCAGUACGACCAGUAUGCAAACUACCACCAAGAGUAUGGCCGUCACCAGUUCGUGCCAGACCAGUCAGUCAGGCCACGCACAAGGAUGAGUCAGCCGAGCAGUGAUGAACCCGACCAUGUCCCUUACAAUAAUGAAUAUUCCAUAAGGAGACGCAGUGGAAGCUUCUCUCACAGGAGGAAUCAGUCAGAGGAUCUCUCUCUCUCCUCAGCAUCCUUUGACAGUGGACUGGGCUAUCCACAGCUGCCGAAUGUUAAUUCUGCUGCUGGUUACAGCCAGACAUACAGACUACCAAGACUGCCAUCUCAGCAAGAUCGUUGGAUUGAAGAGAGGCGUCCUCCUCGCUGUGCACAAACUGGAGCUCAUGAUACACCACGUGGGUGGUUUCCUCUAAGCUUAAGAGGAGGUGGAUAUGGGCCGCAGCCACCACCAACGCAGGAAAAUGUCAGACAGGAGGCACAAGAGCUGCUUCUGAACUUCACAUCAGAUGAACUUCAACGUCACCAUCUGCAUGUAUCAGAGAAUGACAUAAUCAGAAAAGGAUUUAGUAAUCCUGCAAUGAUAAGGGCUGGACAGGAGUUAAGAAUGUUGGCAGAUGCUUUUGCUGAAACAGAAGAAAGAAAGAGUGUACGCCGCAUGGCAGAAAAGGUCAACAUGGCUUCUAUUAACAUGGAAAACUUUUUCUCUCUUUGUGGGGAACUGUUUCAUGGUGGAAUCACAAGAGAGCGAAUUGUGGCCCUGUUCACCUUUGUAGGGGAUGUUGCUGUGCACCAAGUGAGACACCGUGGAGAACAGUUCCUCAGUGUGCUGCUCAAGUGGUCAUUUAGAUACCUGGUUGACCACAUUUGCAAGUGGGUCCAGGAGGCUGGUGGCUGGGGGGUGGUGCUGAACCAGGGUAUGAAUUUUAUCUACAAAAGUGUCGUGUUCAUGUGCUGCCUUGUUGGAACAGUUGCUGGUGGAGUCUACAUAUGGAAAUCUCUCAAGGAAAUGUAACAGUGACUGCAAGAUAGGUUUUAUCAUUUGUCGCUGUUGAGAGAUGUCCACACAUGUUUUUUUUCUCUUUCAGCAUCUUGUGACUUUCUGCAUAAAAUGUUUUUAAAAAGAGUUGUCCGCAGUCAUGCAGAUGUUCAGCUGUUUACUCUUUCCUUGGCUUACGAUUAUGCCUGUACAUAGGCUUAGUCUAAAGUGUUAGCAUCAGUUGUUGGAAAUAGUUGAAUAGACAAGUGUUUCUUGUGAUUUUUAAGGACUGAAUGAAGAGGUGCAUGUAAAUAGGUAUUACUGUUAUGUGAUAUUAUUUCUUAUGUCUAUAAAACAAUCCCAGAGUUGCAGAGUGAAAACUUGCAGUGAUAAAAGGGAAGAGAUAGGAAAAUUAAAGUAUUAGAAAAAGUGAGAUGCACACUUUAACUUUUAUAAUUAAAGAGUAUAAAAUGUUUCUGUAAAUAAUUGACAGCAAUCUCUCUAAACAAAGAAACAGGUGUGACCUAAGUUUAGAUUUUACAUUUUUGCUGAUCAUCACCACUGGUAAAAAAUGUCUGAUAUUUAACAAGGGGAAAAGGAUGUUCAGUGUCAUAAUUGUCAUUAUAAUUAUUCUUAUCAUUGUUAUUAUUAUUAUUAUUAUUAUUAUUAUUAUUAUUAUUAUUAUUAUUAUUAUUAUUAUUAUUAUUAUUAUCAUUAUUAUUAUUAUC